AUGUCCAAGGACUCGGCGGCCUCCUGGUCCAAGCGCAUGUCUGAGCGCACCCCAUUCCCGUUCCCUACUUGGGCUCUGUUUGUCACCGAGUUCAAGCUCCGAUUCGUCGAGGAGAACGAGCAAGACCACGCCUUGGCGCGACUGGACACCCAUCAGUAUUAUAUGGGCUCCCGUGACGUAUUCAAGUACACGGACGAGUACAACAACCUCCUUGACCUCGCUGGUUAUACCGACAACUUGGUCAAGGUGACCAAAUAUAGGACGGGCUUGGACCCGAGGAUCAACCAAGCCAUCACCACCUCUGGUAACCCUCCCAGCCUUACCGACUACGCCAAAUGGCGUGUCCGUGCGUUCCGGCAGUACAAUAUGGAACUCGCUGCCAGAGCUUCUCGAGGCCACGCAGUGCCUCCUCCCCGAGCGCCUGCUGUUGGCCCCCAUCCUCGUGCCCCGGUGCUCCCUGCUGUAGCACCGGCAAUUGCUGCUCGCCCGGCGCCGGCUCCUGUUGCCCACCCCAUCCCCAUGGAGUUGGAUCGGACCCGGCUCCGCGGUGACGUUCGCCGCACCUGCUUCCGCUGCGGCAGUCCGGGUCAUCUUGCCUGUGACUGCCCCACCCCAGCUGAUAUCCGUCACACCAAUGUCCUCAAUGAGGUCAUCAACCAGCUGGGAAGUGAGUUGCUCUCUGAGUUGGUUGCCCGGGUCGCGACCACUGCAGCCGUUGUGGAUCACGCGGCUGAUGUCGCAGCUGAGGUGGAACAGGGUUUUCUCCCCAGCGACAAGUGA